GCGUAAAGCUGAAGUUGGUUUGCGAUGGUGUGGGCCAAGUAUGCAAUGACUUCAUCUGCGGUCCGCGGUCUGCGGACCAGCGAGAGACGAAGGCGACAGGGAAAUUGGAGGGGAUGAGCCGGAACGGCGGCGCCCAAGCCCAACAUCCUCCGGCGACGGCGAGCGGCGACCGCCUCGCGGUCAUCGCGUCUCACUUAUCCCACUCUUGGCUCGGCAGUCCGGCGCACGUGGCCGGCGAGAAGGAGGCCGCACUGGCCACCGAGCCCUUCGACGGCCCCACCAUGUCCUUGCAUUCGGAGACAUUUCACCACAAGCUCCCAUACAUAUUAUAAUCAUACCCAAGGUUGAAGAUGGGUUAUCUAGGCUGUCGAAGGCAGAAGAGGGGGUUUUAUAUUUUUACUAUUAUUACGAAGGGCACUCGCUCGUUUAGCACUCUUAAAAGAGCUCUUACAUAUUUAGCACUUCUGUAGCUCCAGUUCUUACAUUUUUACCACUUUGGCUGACGUGGCACGACACGGCGGCCUGACAAGCCUGACAAGGUGACGCUGAGUCAGCAAACCCACACGAAAUGUCCUCGCUGCCCCUGAUCUCCUCCUCUCUUCUCCCUUUCCGACAAUUGGGUCCCGCAGCUUCUCUCACUGCCAGGUGGGCCCCACACGUCAGAUUUGUCUUCCACCUCCGGUGCUUGCCCCGUUCGUCCCCCAGGCCACCUGCACCGCCGAGGCCGAGGGCACCCGCAGCCAGACCACGCACGCCGCCGGGCUCGCCCGCGGCCAAGGCCAUCCGCACCGCCAGCGGCCAAGGCCAUCCGCCCCGGCGGCGGAGCUCCGUGCUCCCAUCCCUGCCGCGGAAGGGCGGAGGCGCGGCGGGCCGGCGAGCCGUGGAGGCCGCCGUGCGUGGGGACGAGGCGGCGCGCGACCGGGAGGAGCAGGCUGCCGCCAGCGGAGGCGGAGCAGGCGGCACGCGGCCCGGCGAAGCAGGCCAUCCCCUUCUCUCUCCUCCCCGACAGCUGCGCCGGUACUUGUGCUCGUGGCCGAGCUCGCCGCAGCAGUCCUCGCGGCCGUGGGCAAGCUCGCCGCCGUGGCUGCGCAUCAGGCGGGAGCGCGGCGUAGCGCCUCUCCCCUGCUUCACCUUCGCCGGCGAGCGGGUCGGCCUGCUCCCUCCGCCGACGAGCCGUGGGCACCUUUCCCUCUCCGUCCGCCCGCCCCUCUCUCCCCGUACGGCGGCCUUCUCCAGCGCCGGCCGGCUCGACCCACCUGGUCGGCGAGCCGCGGAGCCACCUCCCUCUGCCGGCGACCCGCGGCCGCGCGCGGGGCGGAGCACGGCCAUGGCGUGGAGCAUCACAAGGACGCCACGGAGGUAUAGCCCGUGCACCACGAGGGGCUCAAGGCCGGCGGUGGGGAGAGGGCAGGCCCCGAGGGGCGGCGCGGCCGUGUCCGCCUCCGCGGCUGGCAGCGCCGGCGGGAGCAGAGCCGGCUUGUUCGUUCGCAUGGACCAGCCGGAGGUGGAAGACAAAUCUGACGUGUGGGGCCCACCUGGUAGUGAGAGAAGCUGCGGGACCCUGUUGUCGGAGAGGGAGAAGAGAGGAGGAGAUCAGGGGCAGCGAGGGCAUUUCGCGUGGCUUGCUGACUCAGCGUCACCGUGUCAGGCCGUCGAGUCGUGCCACGUCAGCCAAAAUGGUAAAAAUGUAAGAACUGGAGCUACAGGAGUGCUAAAUAUGUAAGAGCUCUUUUAAGAGUGCUAAACGAGCGAGUACCCUUAAAAAUGUAAAAACCCCGGCAGAAGAAAGGCAUGUCGAGGUUCUGGGCAAUCUUCUAUAUGCUGCUAAGAUUGUAGCAAAGCAGGAAAGGCUUCAGGAUUGUCAUCAACGAUGGGCCCGAAGGAUGUGAGUAACCUUCGUCGGUUCUGAUGAGACCCAUCUUGUUGGGAAUCUCUUGUUGGUGGCCAUUCGACUGAUUUUUCCGCCUUCGGUUACGUAGGUCAAUCUGUGUAUCACCUCCACGUCCAUCUUCUCGGGGGACGGCAGAUGAACUGGCCACCUGGGUGAAUUGGUGUGGAAUCACUUGCUACUGCGGUAAGAUUCAUAGUGUCCUGUAUACUGGAGCCUGCGUUGUAAUCUGAGCCAACGCUGACAGCGUACAGACGCGAAGGACUCCCAUGGGACAUGUAUAAUCGUUGGCAUCGAAAUGGUUUUGUCAAGUGUGUAAUUUGUAAAGUAUGCUAGAUGUAACAGACCAUAGUUUGCAACCUGUAUGCUAGAUGUAACAGACCAUCGUUUGCAACCUGUAAUCUGUUUUCUCGUCCGUGGUAAGAACUGAGGAUUACCGCGCGGUAAAUGGUAGUAUUAUGGUUUUCUAAA